CAUUAGUUGAGAAGAGAGAACCUCACUGGAAUACAACAAUUUUCACAUUUUAAUUGAGCUCCUAAACGGAUUAAUAUCUCUCAAGAGUGGUGUGGAGGCAAAGACUGGGGAGAGCCAGAAGAGAGGUGAACUGAACCUGAGGUGUGGUAUACUGUUGACUCAAUCUGAGGACUUCAACAAUAAUUUACUGCACAGACAGAUUUAUUCAUCAUGGCCAAUCAGCAUCUACCACUGUCUCAGGAGACUUUAGCUCAGUUCAAUCGCUCCAUGUCCACAGAACCAGGUGCCUCAGGGCCUCCAAGGCGACGUCUGGGCUCUAUCUCCACUCGCCGAAGCUCCAAAGACCAAUCCAAGGACCAGCCCCACCACAGACCCCAGUUUCUCAGGAGCAUGACGGUUCCUUCAUCCGAGUCAUUGUUCUUGAGCCCCAGCGUCAGCAAUUCUCACAUCUCCAUGGGCAAGCGGUUCUCAUUCGCAGGCUGGCACCAGGGAGGAAGAGUGAGCUUCUCUGGACUGUACCUUCAACAACCCAUCCAGGAGGUGUAUGUGGAGAACACCUACAGAAUGGGACCAGAACCAGGGUGCCAUUUCAGUGCCAGCAGGACCCAGCAGAUCUUACAGGCCACUUUGGAUAGUUAUUUGGAAGGUGUGUGUUACAGUCCUGAUAGUUGUAGCCAGCUGUGUCAGAUGUUAGCAGAUCUAGUUCUCAGUAAACUAAAAGAUGUCAAUCCGCCACGAUAUAAACUCGUGUGCCAGGUGGUGGUCGGGCAGAGUGGUAAACAAGGUAUAAGGAUGGCCAGCCGUAGCCUGAUGAACCCCAACACUGACAACUACACAUCUGCUGUUUUCCAUAAUCACUCGCUGUUUGCUGUGGCUUUAGUACACCGCUUGUACUUUGAAUGAAAGCUAAAUCAACAGCCCUUAAUAUGUGUACACAAAAUGCAUGUUUAAAAAAAGUUAGUCUUUUUAAAGAUUCAAACUAAGGCUGCAUUUA